AUGCUACAUUUCUCUCUGUGUUUUUAUACAUUCAUUUGCAGGUUAAACCAGGAGCUGCUGGUGGAGAACAACACCACUCUUUGCAACCGCACAGUUCCUGCAACCCAUCUUGUAGGAGACUCAUCGUCCUCGGUGGAGUUUUUCGUUGCUGUGGCCGUCUUGGCUUUCCUCUAUUCAAUGGUGGCUCUGCUGGUCUAUCUGGGCUACAUGCAUGUGUACCGAGACUCUGACUUCGGCCCUAUGUUUGAUUUUGCGCUGACAGCAGUCUUUGCGUUCCUGUGGCUGGUGUGCUCGUCUGCCUGGGCUCGAGGUCUGCAGACGGUGAAGGACGCCACCGGUACGGCUGGCAUUGAAUCCACUCUGGCGCUCUGUACGGACAAAGAUGUCAAAUGUGAAGUCACUGAGUACGCCAGCCUGCGCUCGCUCAAUAUAUCUGUGAUAUUUGGUUUCUUGAAUCUCAUCAUAUGGGUUGGGAACGCCUGGUUUGUGUAUAAGGAGACGCGCUGGCACUCUCAGAAGGUCAAUGCUCAGCAAGCGGCGGGACGGGGUCCAAAUCCAGCACCCAUCUAAACAAUUAGCCCACAGCAUAACACCUUAGCCUUCAUGAAAAAUACACAGUAACAGGUGAUGCUUUAUGCAGUUUGUCUGUAAGACCAAUAAUCAUAUGACUCUCAUUUGUGAUGUUUCUCUCUUCUCCUUUUCUGUUUUACACCUUUAAUUUCUUGUGUACUUAAAGAAAAUAUCUUUUUUUACCUUGGUUAUAUUUAGUCAGCAUGCUUUUUUUAACUUUUAAUGGAACUAAAACAUUUUUUGAAUGUACUAUUACAAUGCAUUUUACUUAUAUGAUCUAUUUUUGUCAAAUCAAGUAUAAAAAUCUUGUUUGUUUCAUCAACCUCAAUACAUUUCAGUCUCGCAGAGCAACAUUUCUGUGUAUUUUUGCAUAGCUGCUUCUUAUUUCCAACAAGAUUAAUUUUUCAUUCGUUUAUGUUCAAGUGUUGCGUUUAAAUAGUUAUCUAUGCAUUUUUAUGCAGUUUUAAGCAUCAGCAUCACAUUUCUAAUGGUGCUGGAGUUUUGUUUAGGAAGGUUUUCUUUCUGUUCUUGUUGUGUUUCUGUCUCUGUAGUGAAGCAUUGUACUGAAAUGUCAUUUUUUUGAUGAAUAAAACUGACUGUGAAGUACACUUGGUAAUGUUUGUAUACAUGCAGGACUUUGUGCUUCUGGGGAGAAAGUGUGAUUUCUUACCCAAAUAAAUCCUGGCUUCCUUCUGGUAU